UUGGUCUUCGCGCAGUAGACACCGGAUUUUUGUGUCGUGGGAGGUAGCUUCGUUGUCGAUGUAGAUAUACUGUCUGAACGGUUGGCAUUAUUGCAACGUUUAAUUGGCCAAAAGGCGAUCGACCAUCGGCCGGAAAGAAGAAACAACUAAUUUCUACACUGAGGGAAAGAAAAAGCGGCUUUCAUAAUGGUUAACAUUGUGGAUAGCGGGUCGAAGCAUGCGCCCCAGGAAAUGGAGCAAUUCCUGACCGGCGAGGAAAAAGUCAAGUACAAAAUCCAACCCCGCAAGUCGGAUACCGAGCAGGCCUUGUCUGGAAAUGACUUCGAUCCAUUCGCGUUGCGGGAAAAUCCACAUCCCACAACCGAUAGUGAAACUCUCACGCAUUUGCUUAAGGCCUCCUUGGGAACCGGUAUCCUGGGCAUGCCAUUUGCUUUUAUGUGCUCCGGUCUUGUUAUGGGAAUCUUCUGCACCAUUUUCACCGCCUUUAUUUGCACGCACUGCAGUUACGUGUUGGUAAAAUGCGGACACAAGCUGUACUACAGAACUCGCCGUACCAAGAUGACCUUUGCCGAGAUUGCCGAAUCUGCGUUCCUAAAAGGACCCAAAUGGUGCCGUGGCUUUGCGCCGGUGGCCAAGUUCUCCAUCCUGUUUGGUCUGUUUCUGACGUACUUUGGCACCUGCUCGGUGUACACGGUAAUUGUCGCAUCGAACUUUCAGCAGUUGAUUGGCUACUGGAUGGGAUCACCGGUGUCGCUGCGAAUGCUUAUUUGCAUAUUGCUGGUGCCCUUGAUCCUGAUUGCCUGGGUGCCAAAUCUCAAGUACCUGGCGCCCGUCUCGAUGGUGGCCAAUGUUUUCAUGGGCGUGGGACUGGGCAUUACGUUCUACUAUCUGGUCCAGGAUCUGCCAUCAGUGGAUGAACGCGAUUCCGUCGUUUUGAGCACAUUGCCACAGUUCUUCUCGAUCACCAUCUUUGCGAUGGAGGCCAUCGGUGUGGUUAUGCCACUGGAGAACAACAUGAAGACGCCACGGAGCAUCCUCGGAAUCUGCGGUGUGCUCAGCAAGGGCAUGUCCGGCGUGACCCUUAUUUAUAUGCUGCUGGGAUUCCUUGGGUAUCUGCGUUACGGUACCGCCACCAAGGAGAGUAUCGUUUUGAAUUUGCCUAUCGAGGACUACUCAGCCCAGGCGGUGAAGGUGCUCAUCUCGCUGGCCGUAUACUGCACAUUUGGACUGCAGUUCUUUGUGUGCCUGGAGAUCCUGUGGGAUGGCAUUAAGGAGAAGUGCAAGAAGCGCCCAACACUGGUCAAUUAUGUGCUGCGCACAGUGCUGGUUACCGCUGCCGUUGUUCUGGCCGUGGCUGUUCCUACAAUUGGCCCAUUUAUGGGUCUCAUCGGUGCCUUCUGCUUCUCCAUUCUAGGAUUGAUCUUCCCGGUGGCCAUUGAGAUGAUUGUCCAUUGGGAGGAAGGUUUUGGUAAAUACAACUGGAUUCUGUGGAAGAAUGUAAUCAUCACGUUGUGCGGUAUUGGUGCCCUCGUCUUUGGCACCCAGGCAGCCAUCAAGGAUAUUGUAAAAGCCUACAGUAGUACUGAACAAGUUGGAGAAUAGAUACUUCACAGCAUAGGAGAGAGGCUCCGCUUCCUAGAUAAAAUCUAACUAUUGUUAGAUGUAAAACUGCGCCCACAUUUUGUACAUUUUGUCUGUUGCUUAGUGUGUCUGUUUUGAGAACCGAAAAUGAAUUAACUAGGGAUUUCACUGAGCGAGUGCCUACUAUAUAUAUAAAAAUAUAUAUAUUUAGCACACUCCCGAGCACCAUUUUGCCGUUUUAGUACACCUGCGAUUAUAUAAUGUAGAAAGUAAGCUAGUUGAUAGCCAUUCAGAAGCACUUUUAGAACAGCUCUGAACGAUUCAAGCAGCAUUCAAACUAAAACAUUACUAAGUGCACUUUUUUAGUUUCCUAUUGAUUUUAAUACAAUUAGUAUGAAGCUAUGGAAGGACUUAAGUAUUAUCCGGCCCCAAACUAGCAGCACUCCUCGCAAAACCCCCACCCUUUUCUCUCUGUUCUAAAAUAGUAUUACUCCAAAAGCAAAAAACCAAAACUGAAUUCAUAUUAUCAUGCCUUUCCCACUUUUACUUUGUUCCGUAGCAAAUGAUUUGCCUACAUUAGUUAACUUUUUAGCAUGUUUAGUUCGUAAGCGUAAGAAUUAAGAUUGCAAAGCCUAUUUUGCAAUCAAUCAGUUCCAAAUAUGUUGAGCUAAAUUACUCAGAGAAUACAAUUUUUAUACGAAAUCAAGCCGAGAAAUAAGUUACAUUGAAUUGCCCCGAUAUUCACUAUAUGUAAACAUAUUUUUUUGUUGUCUACACAUUUUUGUAUUUUAAUUAUAGCUAUUAAAGAGAAAUACUUAGCGAAACUAUCAAGUGAAUAAAUCAAGAAACACAAGUUGAAA